CUGGAGACACCGCGCUGCAGCCCAAGUUGAUGACCAAGUGCAGUCGUUCCUCGUUCCUCCCCCGCACCUCCGUGGCCAGUGCCUGGGGGUGCGGUUCCCCGCUGCCCUUUACGAAUUCCGCUUUCCUCUUGAGCUCUCUGGUCCCAGGCCCAGGCUCUAGCCUCUGACCUUCAGUCCCUUCUGAGAGGCGCCCUGUCGAGUUUGAACAGCCUUAACAGACAUCCACCAUGUUGGGGGACGCCAUCAUGGUGAUCAAAGGCUUAGCCAAGCUUACGCAAGCUGUUUUGGAGACCCAGCUCCAGUAUCUGGGCUUUGGUGGGGAGAUUAUCACAGCAGCCAGGGCCCUGCAGACCACAGCCGAGGAGCAGUUUAGCUUGGUUAUGGCAAGAAUGCAGGGUAUCGAUCAGGCUGAAGAGCGCUACCCAGAUACCGGUGAUGAUCCAGGUUCUGAAUUCCACUUCUCAGGCCCAGAGGCAGAAGGGGCUUCGGACUUUUCUGCCUCCACUCCUCCUCCGUUUCCUGGCCAGUUCCACAGAGAGGGCCCUGCUCCUGCCUAUGCUUCAGGUGGACCUUUUGGGGAAGCAGGGGCUUCAGGCCAGUCCUUUGGUCCUGCCUCAGCGAAAAUCCAUGGGAAAUUUUUUGGAGACUCUAGAGACCCGUUUGCAACCUCGGUCAUGCAAAGAAGGUUUUUCCACCAGGACCAGUCUUCUGUGGGGGGCCUCACUGCCGAGGAUAUUGAGAAAGCCCGGCAGAGCAAGGCUCAGGCUGGAAACAAGCCUCACAAACAGAUGUUAAGUGAGCGGGCACGGGAACGGAAGGUGCCGGUCACGAGGAUCGGGAGGCUGGCUAACUUUGGAGGUCUAGCUGUUGGUCUGGGCUUUGGGGCCCUGGCUGAAGUUGCCAAGAAGAGCCUCCGAUCUGAGAACAGCACAGGAAAGAAGGCUGUCCUGGACUCCAGUCCUUUUCUUUCUGAGGCAAAUGCAGAGAGAAUCGUGAGCACCCUGUGUAAGGUGAGAGGAGCCGCCCUGAAGCUGGGGCAGAUGCUGAGCAUCCAGGAUGAUGCUUUCAUCAAUCCCCAACUGGCCAAGAUCUUUGACCGUGUGAGACAAAGUGCAGACUUUAUGCCCUUGAAACAGAUGACGAAAACUCUGAACAAUGACCUUGGUCCUAACUGGAGGGAUAAACUGGAGUACUUUGAGGAACGGCCCUUUGCUGCUGCUUCCAUUGGGCAAGUCCACCUGGCCCGGAUGAAAAAUGGGCGGGAGGUAGCCAUGAAGAUCCAGUACCCUGGAGUGGCCCAGAGCAUCAACAGUGACGUUAACAAUCUGAUGACCGUUCUCAGCAUGAGCAAUAUACUCCCUGAAGGCCUGUUCCCAGAACAUCUGAUUGAUGUGUUGAGACGGGAGCUGGCCCUGGAGUGUGACUACAAGAGAGAAGCUGCCUGUGCCAAGAAGUUCAAGGAGCUGCUGAAGGAUCAUCCGUUUUUCUAUGUGCCGGAGGUCGUAGAUGAACUUUGUAGUCCUCACGUCUUGACCACAGAGCUGGUGUCCGGCUUUCCCCUGGACCAGGCAGAAGGGCUGAGCCAGGAAAUUCGAAAUGAGAUAUGCUACAAUAUCCUGGUCCUGUGUCUAAGGGAGCUGUUUGAGUUUCAGUUCAUGCAGACUGACCCCAACUGGUCUAACUUCUUUUACGAUCCCCAGCAGCACAAGGUGGCUCUCCUUGACUUUGGAGCAACCCGCGAAUAUGAUGCAUCAUUCACUGACCUUUACAUCCAGUUAAUCAGAGCUGCGGCUGAUCAGGACAGAGAAACAGUGUUGAAGAAGUCUAUAGAGAUGAAGUUCCUCACUGGCUAUGAAGUGAAGGCCAUGGAAGAUGCCCACUUAGACGCUAUUCUCAUCCUGGGAGAGGCCUUUGCCUCGGACUCACCGUUUGAUUUUGGGAGCCAGAGCACCACUGAGAAGAUCCAUGGUUUGAUUCCCAUCAUGCUGAAGCACCGUCUCGUCCCCCCGCCAGAGGAGACUUACUCCCUCCACCGAAAGAUGGGGGGCUCGUUCCUCAUUUGCUCCAAGCUGAAGGCUUGUUUCCCCUGUAAAGCAAUGUUUGAGGAAACCUACAGCAACUACUGCAAGAGGAAGGCUGAGAAGCAGUAACUAGUCUUGUCUUGUCUGAAGGCCCCUUGUUUUAUCUAGCAAAGAGCAUCUCAAGAAUCAGAAAACUGUCCCAGAAGCUAAAAGUCCAUAGUAAGUGGGUGUUGGUACUGACCAAACCUGUAACCUUCUACUUACCGAUAAGAGGGAGUUUUCUUGUAGGAGUAAACUGGAGGAAAUUGUGAAUGUGCCGAGGAGGGGGUGGGGGGUGGGAGAUGGCUUCAGGGGGUCCUCCAUGGCCAGUGGCCUUGCAUAGUUUUUAUUGAUUAAAUGGUGGCUCUGUAGUGACUGGGUGGGGUUGAGGAUGAGGAGAAAGAAAAUGGAACCAUGACAAAUCUCUUGAAGCCUGCUUACUGUUGAUUUUUUCUAUGAAAUAGCUUUGGACAAAGAUGAAGGGGAAAAAAAAGAUUUGAUUUUGUUUUCCUUUUUUUUUUUUUUUUUUGGUGUGUUUUUUAAAUAGGGGGUUUCCUCCUGUGAAUGUUAACUGUAGAAGGGAGAGCAUCCAUUUCUCUUCUCUCCUUAAAUAAGUAUAGAGAGAAAAAGCCUUUUAGGACUUUCUAGACCUUGUAGUAUAGGAUUUUGGGUGUGUGUGUGUGUGUGUGUGUGUGUGUGUGUGUACAAAAUGCUUUGAUGUUUCCUGCAUUUUUUCCCCUCUGGCUGGAGCUGGAGAGGAAACUCUGUACAGAAUAGUGCCAAAAAAAAAAAAAAAAAAAAAAAAAGCUAUUUAACUGAAUUACCUGCCUUCCAGCAAGCUGGUUCUCUUAGGAGUUAUUGACAACUGAAUGUAUGCCAGUGGACUUCUUGCCAUCUGGUUCAGGGACUGUAAGAGGGGAAAAGAAGUCAAGGGAAAUGGUGAGGGGAGAAGAGAUUCCACCACUUUCUUGAUGUCCUCACCCCCAAAAGUAAAAUCUUUGCUGAAAUGAGCAUGAAAGGGGAUGUUGCUAAGUUACCACCAGAUGCACAGAUUGACCUGAUGGGAAUAGCCACCAGUGUAUGUUCGUUUUUGUACAUUCUUGUAACUGUCCUACUUAUGCAUUUCAAUAAAAAAUUGAUUGUGGA